CUUUGUGAGCCUAACAGAGUUGAUUCGUGCGCGAGUAUGUCGAUUAUUAUAUAUUUCUCCUGCGUUUCGGCAAAUUUAGAGCGCAACGUUAAUCGGAAUGCAUGAUAUUUGAGUAUAUGCUUUGGAAUAUGUGGUAUUUGAAAAUGAGCGUGUUGUGCGAACGUGAAUGCACGAAAUUUGGUUAGAUAGAAAACAUCUCGGAUUCAUAGAAAUAGAGAUUUGUCGCAGGUUAGGUUUUUCUAGACGCGAUCAGUUGUUUUCGUUAGUCGUCUUUGACCUUCCGAAUCCGACGGAUGUAAUAAAGUGAGUUUACGCGCGACGAUGUCGAUCAUCAUAUAUUUCUUUCACAUUUCGGCGGAUUUACGGCACAACGUUAAUCGAAAUAUAUGAUAUUUCAAGUUUUCGGUAACGGACGUGUAUGGUAUCCGCGAUAGGCCUUACUGCGGAAAUUAUCGCGAUAAGAAUUUCCGCGGAAACUUCUAUUAUACGUGUAGAAAACCGUCGCGAAAUAUCGAUACUUCGUGCCGCAUUGAUGUUUACGUUUGAAAAUUAAGAGUCGUGCCGUGUUGAUAUUUACUUUCGAGAAUUAAGAAUUGCGGGAAUGCUCGUGCGAAGAAUUUACUUCGAAAUCGCGGUUGCAUUCUUAUAAUCGCCGUCGCGUUUGAUCACGAGUGUGUAUGAAAUAUAAAACAACUUGAAUAUGAAUUUGGACCGAGGAUUGAGGAUUCAUACUGCGGUCGCCGGCUGACGAGGUUAGACAGCGUUAAAUCUCGAUUUACCUGACGAUUGACUGCUGCGAUAGACGUCACGUGCAGCUGCAAACAGUUAGUCAUUCCAAGUCGUCUCGAGGUGAUCGUGCUUCCUGAGAUCGUGGUAGUCCUGUUACGGCAAUUUCACGGGCAGCCCACCCGGUACACCGUUUUGGUGCAUCGCGCCGGACAAAGGACAGGCCGGAGGACCGUGGGGAAGCAUCGACGCGCAGAUGGACUUCGACGAGAGCAAUGUACCCCGCAUGGAAAAAGCGCAGCCUCUACUGCGAGCGGUAUCGACAGCGUACGAAGACAUGUAACGUACAGAUGCGGCCUCGUUGCUGAUCCGAUCAGGACGAACGUUGCCGACGACGAGAAAAGCGGAGGCAAGACGCGCCACGAGGAGAGAUCGGUGAGAGAGACAGAGACGAGAGGAGAAACAGGUAGAGAAGAGAGCGUAGGAGGAAGCGCGUGGCGAACCGAGGAGGAGGAGGAGGAAAAUACGUUCCCUGGACGAACAGAAGCCGCAUCACGUCCGAUCAUGACGCAGCAAAGCGGCGCUGGGUCACCCCAGCAGUUCUGCCUGCGCUGGAACAACUAUCAGACUAAUCUGACCAAUGUCUUCGACCAGCUCCUACAGAGCGAGAGCUUCGUGGACGUGACCCUGGCCUGCGACGGGCACAGCGUCAAGGCGCACAAGAUGGUCCUGUCAGCUUGCAGUCCGUACUUCCAGGCUCUGUUCUUCGACAAUCCCUGCCAGCACCCGAUUGUCAUCAUGAAGGACAUUAAGUGGCCGGAGCUGAAAGCUGCGGUCGAAUUCAUGUACAAGGGCGAGAUUAACGUCUCUCAGGAGCAGAUCGGGCCGCUACUCAAGGUCGCAGAGAGCUUGAAAAUCCGCGGCCUCGCGGACGUCAAUAGCGAACAGGAGCUGACGUCUCGACCGAGCCUGGAGGAAGCCGCGACCGCGGCAAUGCAGCGGAAGAAGCGCCGCCGGAUGUCCGGCGAGCGCUCGCCGUCCGGCAACAGUCCGGAUCGCGUCGGCUCCGGCAGUAUCGUCGACGACCAGGACGUGAUCGGCAAUGUCAUCGUGCCGGAGAUACACAACAUGGUGCCGCCGACCGCCAGUUCGACACCGAGAUCUAUGGGUUCGCCUAGCACGCCCAGCAUCUCCGUCACCCCGCAAAUAAAUCUGCAGGAGCUUCCGGUCUCCCUGCCCUUACCGCCACCGCCGCCGCCACCGCCGCAAGGACAGCAGAGCUCGCAUCCCCUGCCGACCCACCACGUGUCCGGCCACGUGACUUCCGGUCCGCACGCGCCCGUCAACCACCUAGGCGCCCACGGCCAGCAGCUCAGCGUGCAGCAGCAGCAGCAACAGCAGCAGCAGCAGCAGCAGCAACAGCAGGCACCGCAUCAUCAGCAGGGCGCCGGCGGUCAGCCCGGCACCGGCGACGACCUGGAGAUCAAGCCCGGCAUCGCGGAGAUGAUACGGGAGGAGGAAAGGGCCAAGUUGUUGGAGUCGUCCCACGCUUGGCUCGGCGCCUCCACCUCCAGUAUAGCAGCAGACAGCUACCAGUAUCAACUGCAGUCCAUGUGGCAGAAGUGCUGGAACACCAACCAGAGCCUGGUGCACAAUCUGCGCUUCCGGGAACGCGGACCCCUCAAGUCCUGGCGACCUGAAACAAUGGCAGAGGCGAUCUUUAGCGUGCUGAAGGAAGGACUUUCUCUCAGUCAAGCGGCAAGAAAAUACGACAUCCCCUACCCGACGUUCGUCCUGUACGCGAAUCGCGUGCACAACAUGCUGGGUCCUAGCGCCGACGGCGGGGCCGAUUUGCGCCCGAAGGGGAGAGGACGACCGCAGAGGAUCCUGCUGGGCGUCUGGCCGGACGAGCACAUCCGCGGUGUGAUUCGCGCGGUGGUAUUCCGCGACGGGCACUCACCCCACAUCGUCAAGGAGGAGCCGACCACCAUGUACCCCAGCCUGGCGAACUACGCCUGCAACGGUCCGGAAGGUGCGGUCAGCCCGGGUGCGGCGGCCGCAGCCGCGGUCGCAGCGGUCGCUCAAGGUCUACGACACCAAAUGUGCAGUAUGGUAGCGGCGGCACACUCGCAACAGCACGAUAUGAUGGCGACGAAUCUAUCGACGAGCCUGUCCACCAACCUAUCGUCGAACCUGCAGGCGGCAAUGCAGGCGAGCCAGCAUCACAACAACAACAACACGAGCGGCAGUAAUGCGAGUCUUGCCGGCAGCGCCGGUGGCAACAACAACGGCAAUUCCCCGUUGAAUCUCGGCCUGGCGAGCCCAGGCUCGGGCGGCCCGCCCGAGAGCCCGAUGGAGAGUCCCCUAGCGAGCCCGCUGGGCCCGCUGAUGGAUCCGGCGGGCCAUAUACCCAGCAGCGUGGAGGUCGGCAUCGGCGUGAGCGGCAUGACGUACAAGCCGGCGCGGAGCUUCGUCAGUCCGCGCCCGGAGACUCUCUUCCAGGAGGACAUCGCCGACCUGGUGAAGAGUCCCCACGGUCUCAAGGACAAGGACAAGAUCCCGGUGAAGCUCGAGCCGCUCACGGAUUCACGCUGCGAAUAGUAAGCCAUCCACGGUGGCUGUCGCGAAACGAGGAGGAGGUACGACGCCGUUGCCUCUGCAGGAUCGCCGCAGGCCGAGGUGGCAGGACGAGGAGCGCCGAUGAUCCUGACGAGGACCUCUCUCUUCGAGAUUGUCAGGCCUACCGAUCGGUAGGCAAGAGGGUCGGCUUCGACGCUUCCCGCGGAAAUUCGACCUUCGUCUGAUUCGCGACACCUCACCUCCUUGCGGCAGUUUAUAGUAUAUAACCGCAUACACGCGAUUCUGAACAUUGUACGCGAGCGCGACGUACUGUGCAUACGAGUAUGUUAGAGGGAUGUUCGAGAGAGAGAGAGAGAGAGAGAGAGAGAGAGAGAGAGAAGAGAGAGAGAGAAGAGAGAGAGAGGCUUACAAUCAAAAGAAAUAAAAAAAAAUUGACAGAGACACACAGAGUGUGAAGGAGACGACAAGCGAGCGUCGAGAAUUUCUCGCCUGGCUCAGCUUCGGGGAAGGACGAUCGAGCGAUAGCGGCUCGUCCUAGAUGAGGGAUCGUUCGAUCGAUCCUUCGGCAGCAGGGAAGAAGAAACGCAGAGAGACGAAAAAGAGAGUAACACCUUCUUCUAGCAAACGUACUAUAGCUAUUGGGUCGCCGGCGCCUCGCGAGCGCGCCGCGCCACCUUUUUCCAAUCUAGAUAGUCGUGUCAUCGUCGUGUCGUACAGACUAUGUACAUGUAAUAAAGGUAAAAACCUACACGUCACACUUCCACACGAAGCACACACGUAUGGACGUACAUACAUACACACACAAAUACACGGUCACACACAAGGUACAUACUCGAAAUUUAUACCUACGCAUAUACGAUAACUGUACUUUUAAUGCCAAAUGUAUAAUAACUCGUAAGGAGUCGCCUACUGCCGAAUGAUGGAUUACUCGAGACGGAGUAUCGACGAGAAAGUAAGCCGCCUCGAACAGGACUUAUACAUUAUACUAUCCUUACACAACGUGUCAUGGAUCAGUUUGUACAUUGUGAUUUUUAGUUAUCGCAAGAAUUCGCUUUGAAUUAUGUUAAGAAAGUAAAACUUUAUUAACAGUAUUGUGAAAGUAAUAGAUUAUAGAAUUUGUAAAUCUAUAUUUUUUUCUAUUCCUGUAAAUUAUUUUGAGAACAAAGUGUUGUUUUUAAAAAAUAGAUCUGGUUUUAAGUUAAGCGCUCCGGAUAGGUAAAUUGCUUUGAAAAGCCAAGUACAUCAAGUAUCUUAAUAGUAAUGAAAGCAAGAGCAUCUUGCGCGCGGUAAAUUUUACUAUGAAUCUCUCUUACAAUGAAACGGGAAAUCUCAAUUUUUGUCCGCGACACUUUGUGCAAGAGCGUUAUCUUUUUAACGCCAGGCAGUAAGCGACAUCACCGAUCUAAGCUCGAUAAGUAAGGGAGAUGUACAAAAUUCAUUAUGACUGUCUACCAAGCAAGCAAACGAGCAAAAAGAAAAAAAAAUUAGUGAAAGAGAGAAAAAGCGAAAGAGGGAAAAAGGUACGACAAAGUAUUUAGAGAUGGAGAAAACAAAUUCAACGGCUUAUAAAGCGAGCACACUCUAGGCCGAGAUGAUCGCUGUAACGUUAUUAAGUAUAAUGAUUGCCUUCCUGCCAUAUUUGGGGUAUGCCAAGUAUAAAAAUUAUAAGGUUUAGGGAUUAGGGGACGAGAAACUGUGGCUCGACACGACGACCGUGUCGAAAUUUCGGUGAGUUCGGCGACCACGAAUGCGUGUAUCGGUGCGAGAUUGCGAACCUGAAUACGAGCCUGAAUGCGAGCCUGAAUGUGAGUGCGAACGCGAUAGUAUAAAUGGCAGAGCGGGUGGACUGGGGAAAGCCCUCAGUGUGGUGCAUGCUCUUUUUUUGAAAGAUCGUGCUAUUUUUCAAAAUUUUACACGUCGCGCGUGAUUCCGCGAAGGGACCCCGGGUCCUUCGACAAUCGAAGAACGAGUCGUGCCGACCAGUUAAAGUAAAGUAUUUUAAUACCGAGCAAAAUUAUGGAUAAGUAGAAUUUGCCGAAUUUUGUAACUGAUCGUCUGUGCUAAAUUCGGUUCUAAAACUUCAUACUUGAUUAUCGUCAAGUAUCACCUUUCAAUCCUGUUAAUAUGGAGAUUCUUAUUUGAUCAACGUUACUAUAAAUGAGCGGGAUAUUUUUCAUAUUAAUCCUAAAUAUAUCUGUUGCAAAAACGAAUUUUCUGGGGAUUCUAAAUGUCGACACGCUGGUUCGGAAGAGAGAGAGAGAAAGAGAGCGUGUAUGUGUGUGUGAAAGUGAGAGAAAGAAAGAGUAUGAAAGAAUGAGAGAGAAAGAGACUCCUUGUAAGUGUAAAAAGUAAACAAAAAAAAAUUCGAAGUGGCCUUCGGUGAAAGGGAAAGAUCAUCGCUUUUCGCUUUUGCUCGUAUGAGGCUUUUGGCGAAAUGAGCCAUCCGUGUUAUCCGUUUGUCUGGGAAACUUUACGGAAGAGAGGGUAAAAAAAUCGUUGAAGGAAAAAAAUUGAUUCUCGCGCCACGCUCAUGCAGCCAGGAGAUUUCUAAUAAAAAAAAAAAGAAAACGGAAGAAGGGAAGGGAAAAGAGGAUCGCGCGUUCGUAGCACGUAUCGGGGCGAUUAGAAAACGAAACAUCGGGCAUGCCAAAAAUAAAAAAAAAAUGUAAUACGUUAUUCUUGAUACAAGCGAUUUUUUGUGCGAAAAUACGACGGCGUCGCGAGGCGAUGUGAACGGCGAGUUAUUAGUAUACGCGUUGCGAUAUUUCGAUCGACCACGUUUUUCAUUUCGGCGAGAAUCGGAAAGUGCGAAUUCUAUUUACCAUUUAGGCAUAAUGUGUUCAAACGUAAAUUCGCGCGAGACGUGCGGCGGCAAAACAAAAAAUAAAGAAGGGUUACGCGAACGGCGGGGUAAAAUUUAGUGGAGACGCGCAGCCCGAGUCGCGAAAAAUUCAGAUGCGAGAGAGAAAGAGAGAGAGAGAGAAAGAGAGAGAGAAAGAAAGGAGAGAAAGAGAGGUCGCGAGAGCGUGGGGAAGAGAGAGCGAAUGCGGAAGAGUUUAAAAUUUAAAUAUUGUAUAAAAAGAAAAAAGUAGUAAGUGCCUUCCAAAAAAAAAUUUUAAGUGUCCCGUAGACCGUGACCACUUGACUAAGCGACGAGAAAAGUCAUUCGAAAUUCUGCUGAAUGCAUUAUUACGUGAGAUCAUGUUUGUAGAUGCGUUGCGUAAUACCGACUCGCUCCGUUCUCCUUGAAUCGAUACUUCUGUUGAUUAUUUUUAUCUUUAAAUAAAUCAAAUCUGUGACGUGUGUAAUAUCACGCUUUGAUGUCGAUAUGCAAAUCUUCACCUUUUCAAUGUGCAAAUUUUUGGAUUAUUCUCAAAUUGCCCGCCAAAAUAUUCGCUCCUUGAAGUUUCUCAAAAAUGGCAAACUCGCGAUAAACUUUUAAUUAUACUUGGUUAACCGACGAACUGUCCUACAUGUCGAAUACGCAAUGUAUAUACGAACUCGGUGUGCGUGUCAGAAUGAAUGUCCGAAGCAACAAACUACCCGACAAAAUUUGUGUUUUGGAUCAAUCCACACAGGUAAUACCCUGAAUGGCAUAUUCUCGAGAUGUUUUCCUUUUUGGUUUCCCGGCAAAGCAAAUAAAGUCGAACGUACUUUAGAGAUAGGGGGAAAGAGCGUAAAAAAAUGAAAGAGGAACAGCUGACCGACAGAACGGAGAACGGCUAUUUCGAGAGGACCCUUUCGUUUCCACAUUUUGAUAUAUACAUAUAUGUAUCUGUGAACAGAUGGUGAAAAAAAGAAUACCUAUAUUACAUACCUAAGACGUAAGUGAACAAAAAAAGCAUCUAAUACGCUAUUAUUGAUAUAGAACACAAAGUGAAUAUAUAUAUGAGAAAAAAAGUAUAUUAUAUAUAUAUAAAUAUAUAUAAAUAAAAAUUGAUAUAUUGACGCUGUAGGAUUAUACUGAGGCUGAGUGCGUUUAUUGCGAAAGAGAGAAAGAGAGAGAGAGCGAGAGUGAGAGAGAUGAAGCGAGAUAAAAAAAAACAAGAGGCCGCGGUUCUUUUUUCCGAACGUCGUCGAGGACGAAACAAAAGUUCACGGGCAGAGUUUUGCGCUAGGCGAACUAAAGGCUGAUGGCUUUAGAGUCGAGAAGACAAAGUAGCUCGUAGGAUUUUUAUCGGGCCGACAAAAAAGAAUAAACGUGCGUGACUCUGGCGCUACCUUAGAGCCAAUUCUGUUUCAACUUGCGGACGCGUAUCCCGUUUAUCGAUAGACGCACCGACUGCACAUUUUACUUUUCUUCCACUUCAGCAAAUCACGCCGCAGGCUUUGCACUAAAUCGAAAUCUAAUUUCAUAAAUUUUAUAAUACUUUUGUCCGUAUAAUUAAGUAAUUAAAAUUAAACAGAUAUAUAUAUUUUAAAACGUAAAAAAAUUUAGCAGCUAAAAAUAUCUAGAGUGAGACUAUCGAUAACGCGGGACAGGCGAUCCGGCGGUUUCAGAUCACACGCAUGCAGAAAUCGAUCGGCGAGAGCUUUCGUUCCACGCACGUGUAAAAUCUUUCCUUUGAUCGUCGUUAUUGCCGCGGUAUUGAGUGGUAAGGAAAAAAAAAAA